CCAACCAACGCCAGCGCUGAACAUCCCUGAGAGCGUGAGCGCGCGGGGGAGCAACGGGAGGAGAGGAAAGGAGAGGACGAGAAACGGUUGUGGCCAAUACAGCACUUUGCGGGGGGAAACGCGUCAACAUUCCUUUCGCUCUUCAGAUCUAAGGUAUACCCAGAUUAUCUUGUCGAAUUGACAUAAUCUGGUAGCCUACACGACCAGGCGCGCCUCUUGGAUGCUCCGGUGAGAUCCCCGUAUCGGUUGAUUCAUCUUCAGCGAGUCGACAGCGCAUCUCGUGCUCUCUGAAGCGGCGGUUUUGAUGGGAGGCGAAAGUGGAUACAUUAUUAAUACAGAGACAGAGGAGAACAGCAAGAAAAUACGUCUUGUCAGUUUUGUCAUGACCACUGCAUUUUUUGCAAUGUGAUCUUGGUCGCCUUUACGGUUUCCUUGCUCAGUGAGAGGAGGAGUGGGAAUCGGACAUCGUUUUAAAAAAAUCUUUGUGUUGAAUCACGCUUGUUCAUAGGUGACUGCAUUUCCGAUAUUGAUUGAUUUGAUUGCAUGACAGUCAACAUUAGCACAGGGAUCUAUAUCCAUACUUUUGCCGAAAGAUGUUGUUCACCUAUUAGCAGAUUUCCUUCCAUUGCAUCCAGCCGCAGGGUCCUCAGCAUCCACGCAAUUUGGGGGCACCGGUGAGGAAGAUAGGGGGAGAUAGAGUCGAGAAGCAAACGAGUAAAGAGAUCAACAGAGGGUAAGACCCGGUGAGUAAAAAUGCUGCCAUCGCAAGAAGCCUCCAAGAUCUACCAUGACAACUACAUGCGGAACUCUAGGGCCAUCGGGGUCCUGUGGGCGAUCUUCACCAUUUGCUUUGCCAUUAUCAAUGUGGUGGUGUUCAUUCAGCCCUACUGGAUCGGUGACAGCGUGAACACACCGCACGCCGGGUACUUUGGCUUGUUCCACUACUGCGUGGGUGAAGGGACCUCCAACCGCGAUCUCAGGUGUUACGGGACCUUCUCCGACUUCGCCUCCAUCCCUUCCGGCGCUUUCAAAGCAGCUGCCUUCUUCGUGCUGAUGUCCAUGGUACUCAUCCUCAGCUGCAUCGCCUGUAUGGCGCUCUUCUUCUUCUGCAACACCGCCACAGUCUACAAGACGUGCGCCUGGAUGCAGCUGCUUUGCGCGGUCUGCUUGGUGCUGGGUUGUAUGAUAUUCCCGGACGGCUGGGACGCAGAGGUGAUCCGGGACAUGUGCGGCGAGUUCUCGGGGAAGUACACACUGGGGAACUGCUCCGUGCGCUGGGCCUACAUCCUGGCCAUCAUCGGCAUCCUGGACGCCCUCAUCCUCUCCUUCCUAGCCUUUGUCCUCGGGAACCGCCAGAGCGACUUCCUUCACGAGGAGAUCAAGGCUGACAACAAAGAUUUUGCAGUAUCGAGGCCACUGCACCUGACUUCGACCCUCCGACUGGAUGGAAUUGAGAUCCGGGAUAUGAAGGACCCUCGCUAUGGAGUGCAGCGGUUUCACUGAAAUGUUGGUGCCUCCUCCCGCUCCUCUCUCUGUUCCUCGGGCUCCAGACACCCCCACCCUUCCCCCUCGCCCCUCCUCUUCCUCCUCCUCCUCCUCUCCCCCUCUCCUCAGGUCAAAGUGUCUGACCUCAAGAAGGAGGCUGUUCACACAGCAGUUUUGUAAUAUAGAACUGGACAGGAUUCUUGGAAAAGAAAAAAAAAGAGAAAAGGAGAAACUAUUCUGUAUCAUUUUAGAUGUUUGAAGAAGACCUACUAACAAAGAACAAUGUCAGCUUUACAAAAACCAACACCUCUGGGAACAUGAUGACAACAGAGUAUUGCUAUUACGUGUUAUUCCUAUGAUGAUGAUGAUGAUGAUGACGAAGAUGAAGAUGUAAUUACGAUAAUUAUGCUUGCAGCAGCUGUAACCAGUUCCAAUCUGCAUAUUUUAUCAAAAGAGAAAAGUUAAAGAUUUCUAGCUUUAAAAAAGAAAAAAAAAAAUGGUUGUUAUGAAUUGCAUAUGUUCAAGCGCCUGGGUGCUACUUUGGAGACACAUGAAAAAAGUACAAACCAAAAAUCUGAAAAAAAAAGAGAAAAAAACUUUUUGUACAGCAGUGUGUAAUUCUGUCCUUUUCUGACCGAUUUUGAACACCCUAUUUGUACCUGUGGUCCUCUGCCUCCGAGACUUCAGAGGGACAGAUGGCGUAUGUUUAUUUGUAAAUAAUGUCUUUCUAUGGAAACAGGGUACAGGCUUAAAGAAUUUAUGCUAUUUAAGUUCAUAUUCCCUUCCCUGACCCUUUCAAGAGUGUAUUUGUCAAACUACACCUUAUCAUUAUUGUUUCACUUCAUAUAUCCUAAUAUGUAAGCCUCCAAAAAUAUUAUUCCACCAUAUACAACUGAUUAUGAUGAUGAUGAUGAUGAUAAAGACAAAAGUGAUGGUAAUAUGUUCUACUGAGAUCAAAUAGUGAACAUGUAAAUGUGUUAUCAUUUACUAUGUUUUUCCACUUUUACUGUAUGAUGUUCACAAUGCAGUGAUUGAUCUAAAACAUUCAUGAGGUCAAGCUGUCAUGGACACCCUUGUCUUGUUGUGGUUCUUACUCUUCAUGGGUUGUCUGUGAUUGCUGGGUUUCUGAUCAGUUCUUGUGGAUGUGUGUGUGUGUGUUUUUUAUUGUUUGUGUUCUUUUGUACCCCACUCUGUUUGGAGGAAAUGCCCUGCAUGCUGCAUUCAACUCAGGCCCCGCCCUCAUCACAGACUCCUGCUGGCCCCACAAGGACAGGCCUGACCAGACGAUUAUCAAUCGCUCUCACCCUUCAUCAGUCACGCCCCCUGGAGGCCACCACCACCUCCACAAACACACACACACACACAUACACACACACACACACUCUCUCUCUCACACACACACACACACACACACACACACACACAUACACACACACACACACACACACACACACACACAAGACUGUGAAGCCCAGUGGACCAGUGCCUGACUACACUUCCACAACGCUCCGCUCCUCUCUUCUCCUCUCCGGUGAGAAGGAUGCCUCAGCAGUGGAGUGGUGCGGAGAGCGGCUAGCGGCGCUGCAUUCUCUCUGCUUCACUGGGUGGUCUGUACUUUUCACAGCGGGACGCCAGCCCACAAACAUUACGCACUGAGCCGCUCCACAUCCUCAAUGAACAGCACGUUUUUCAGCGUAGAGGAACCCCCACCACCCACCCACCCACCUAUUCAACUGAGCUCUUUCCACACACACCCUCCCAUUCUCACUCAGUACCCUUGACUUACAGUGUAAAGUAUGGCCCAAAAACAACUCUGGUGCUUUCAUAAUGGUUGUUUUUGUUUUCUUUUUGCUUUGUUUUGUUUUGUUGUUUGGCUGUUCUGUUCAGAUGGGAGAGGGGGGUUACUAACGAGCUGUCCUUCAGUUUACUGUCCAGCAUUUCUCUUUGGGUGGCAGACUGCUCUAGAGUCAAAGCCUGCAGUUCUUUUGACAGCUGACCCGAAUGCUGACCCCAUCUCCCAACCACCCCACCACCCCCACACACGCACACACCACACACACACUUUUUGGUACCACAUCGUCACGGCCACCUUAGAGCCUCCGGUUACUGUGUUGUCCCAGUGGAUGUGGGUGAGUUAGCAGUGGACACCACAGCUAGGCACACCGGGGUUCCCUCCACUGUUUUGGGUGCUCACCGUCUGGCCCCCUGGUCUUCGCAUCAGCUGAGCCGGGUAGAAGAGAGGCCGUUAGGGGGGAUUAUCUCUAGAAGGUUCCAAUGGAAGGCUGGCAGUUGAAUAAGGUGCAGAGAUGCAGAGCAGCAGACAGAUGUCCAUAGUCGGACACCAGGAUGGUCAAGGCCUAGGCUGAGGCAAACAGCGUUCAUUCUGUUAACGCCAGGAGGAGGACAAGAACUUUCACAGAGUUUCUACAAUCCCUCUUUUACAAUCUGUUCCUUUCUCUCACCCUUUUCUUCUGUCUCGGUUCGCUCAUCAUCAGUACCGCUGAGGACUUGUAAAUGCAAACAAUUCUAUGUUUCCUUGAUGGUAUUUCAGUGAGUGUCAGUGUGGUUUUGGGCAACUGUUCUGUUUUUUCUCUUUUCUUCACUUUGACCAUCUACUCAUCAUUCAAGUUUGUUUUGUUUGGUGCCGUUUCUAAUCUGCCACUGUGUUAAACCUGACCAGUGUGUAGGUUUGAUCUCAGAUCAUGACCUGGUGUGGACUUCCAAAAAGAAGGGAGACAUGUCACAGGUGGAUUGUCAGAUUGAUGUACUGUAAUUAUGCACUAGUUAUCUCCUCUCAUGUUACUUUUGAGUUCUGGUGGGGUCAUCUAAAGCCCUUGUGAGAGAGGGGGCGGGUCAGGCUGUAUAAAACAAAGAGUAAAGUAGAGCCAGACUGCUCUAUCACUGGGGAGAGGUUCCACUGCGUCCUUCAGAAAAACAAACACAUUCCAGUUUGGUGUCAGAAAAUGGCCAGCAGGGGUGUUCUGGAGAGUUCCUCUUACACCAUUCGGCCAUUUUGUUGUGGUUUUGUUCCUGAACCCUUGUCUUUGUCCAGCACCGUAUCAUCUGUGGAAAUGUGUGCAGGUGGCCAUUCUGGGGAUGGAGGAGGGCGAGCGAGAGACGUCACAGUGACGCGUUCCGCACCCUGUCUGACGCACGGCAGUCGCUGAUGAGAGCCGAUGCUCACCACGUGUGCACCCACCUCGGCCUCCUCACAAAUAUUUACGGAGAGGUUUUAAUACGGCGAAGCCUUAGGUGGGCGCUGUGUGCCCUUGCAGCUGGAUGGGGAGCUGGGCUGGAACAUCUGUGUUGUCCUAACGUCGGCCUCGGAGAACAGCUCCUCUCUCAAACUGUCUCCAGGUCCAACGCAUGCAGGAAGCCAGCCUCUCACCACCUGUCCUGCGGAAGAAACAGAUCGGCCAGAUUUUUUCCAACACGGUCCCUUACACCAGUCUCACAAAAAGCACACUCAGUACUCCAUGUAUGCACACACAUGGGUAAGUGCAGAGGCAGGAGGAGAGAAAGCUAUGGCAGAUUACAUAUAAGGGCUUCCCUAAUGGCUAGGGCCCUUUGCCAUGGUAGCACUCGAUACCAAGGGGAAAGAAAGGGGACACAGCCUGCACUUCACAAUAUAGUGAUAACGGUGGUAAUAAUUACAAUUCACUCAGUUUCUCAGAAAAUGCAGAAUAUUUCAGAUGGUUUCUACACGGCAUUGUGAAUGACAAAAAGCAUCUCUGAAAAAUGGAGGUGAUUUAAAAUUGAUUCUAGGUUGAAAAAGAAAACAUCUCUAAAAGACAUUUUCUGGCUAAAAAAGCCUCUGCACUCACUUUUCUUUUCCACUUACUUUCUCAUAGUUUACCAUUAUUUCUGUUUUUAAUAUGCCAAAACAAGAUAUAAAAAUAUGACAAACUGUGGACAUAUCUUAUUUAACGGUAUCUAUCUUGAGUUAUGAUAUGUAACUGCUGCAUAUAUUUUUUUCCCCUGUGGAUCCUGUGUUGAAUGCAUUUCUGUUCAUUAUUAUUUUUUUUAUUUAUUUUCAAUACAAAGUAAGAUGCUGCCUGUUGUCUGUGUAAUGAAAAUGGAAUAUUUAUGCAAGAUUGUCAGCAGAGAGUCAAAGAUGGAAGCAUAGUCAUCACCACUUAGCCAUUGUUGGUGUUACUGUUUUAUCAAAAAAGCAAGAAAUAAAUCAGUUGAAUAUCAA